AAGUUGAAGCUGCAUGUUCUAAUUCAUAGUAGAAAAGUUUGUUUUGACACAUCCGUCCGGCAAAGAGAGUAGUGCAAAGAUGAGUCCAAUAAACUGGUUACUGCUAGUCCUUGCUGUGGCUCCCCAAAUAUUUGCCCAAGUGGCUCCCGACUGUUCGCUCUUGCGUAAUAAUGAAAUCGUGCCAGACUGUUAUAAUUGUCAGCGUUAUUACAUCUGUACAAGGGGUAGAGCCGUGUCACAUAGAUGCCGACAAGGAUUAAAUUUUGAUUCUAAAACGAACGCCUGCACAUCUCCUGAACUUGCAAAAUGUUAUGUGACUCGGGAGCAAAAACCCGAUCCGUAUGACGAGUAUUAUUCAGCUGAAAUCUAUGGAACAUCUUGUGAAACAACACCAUCACCAUGUGAAACAACAAUCCCACCCUGUAAAACAACAGCUCCACCGUGCAAAACAACAACACCCCUAUGUGAAACAACAACACCCCUAUGUGAAACAACAACCCCACCCUGUAAAACAACAACACCACCAUGUGAAACAACAACCCCACCCUGUAAAACAACAAGACCACCAUGUGAAACAACAAUCCCCCCCUGUGAAAUAACCACACCAUGUCCUUGUAAAACAGCAGCACCAACACCUACAAGCUGUAAAACAACAACCCCACCAUGUGAAACAACAACACCCCCCUGUGAAACAACAACCCCUCCCUGUAAAACAACAAAACCUCCAUGUGAAACAACAGCUCCACCAUGUAAAACAACAACACCCCUAUGUGAAACAACAACCCCACCAUGUGAAACAACAACACCACCAUGUGAAACAACAACCCCCCCCUGUGAAAUAACCACACCAUGUCCUUGUAAAACAGCAGCACCAACACCUACAAGCUGUAAAACAACAAGACCACUAUGUGAAACAACAGCUCCACCAUGUAAAACAACAACACCCCUAUGUGAAACAACAACCCCACCCUGUAAAACAACCCCACCCUGUAAAACAACAACACUCCCCUGUGAAACAACAACCCCUCCCUGUAAAACAACAGAAACACCAUGUGAAACAACAGCUCCACCAUGCAAAACAACAACACCCCCAUGUGAAACAACGACCCCACCCAGUAAAACAACAAGACCACCAUGUGAAACAACAACACCCCCCUGUGAAAUAACCACACCAUGUCCUUGUAAAACAGCAGCACCAACCACUUCAGGCUGUGAAACAACAACCCCACCAUGUAAAACUACAACACCACCCUGUGAAACAACAACCCCUCCCUGUAAAACAACAACACCACCAUGUGAAACAACAGCUCCACCAUGCAAAACAACAACACCCCCAUGUGAAACAACAACCCAACCCUGUAAAACAACAACUCUACCAUGUGAAACAACAACACCUCCCUGUAAAACAACAACAGCACCAUGUGAAACAACAGCUCCACCCUGUAAAACAACAUCCUGUCCCUGUGAAACAACAACCUCACCUUGUCCAGAAGUAUUGACUGAUUACGACUAUAACAACAGUGGGCAUAUUGUUCGAGUGAGAAACUCUUCAAGGGAUUGUGUUAACUUGCCUGAUAACACCUUCCUUGUAGACCCUAGAUGUUGUUCCCGCUUCUAUGUUUGCCGCAAUGGGGCUGUGGAGCCUGUGAGAUGUCCACUUGGAUUUUGGUUUGAUCGAGAGUUGGAGACUUGCCGACCUCGCCGAGAAGUAACAAAUUGCCGAUAGAUGACAAAAUGUUGUACUUAAAAGACGACAAAUUGUAGAAGAACCAAGGAAGCAUUAGAAGCACAUCAAUAGCAUAUGUGCUAAGUUUUGUUAGUCUGAUAAAAAUAUACAAUAACAGCGGUUAGAUAACUCGUAUGAACCAUUAGGCACAUACGAUGACUGAUGCCCUUAUAAUGCUUUCUGCUUACGACCACCGGUAAAUAAAGGAACCACUAAACAUUAUUAUAUAUAUUUCUAUACAAACAAUAUACUAUACAUAUGUACGUACAUAUCACCCUAUAUAUGCAGAAGCAAAAUAUAUUAUAACCCGAGCAUUCCAAAAAUCCAAAAUAUAACUUUU